GGGAGGGGCGAGAGAGAGAGAGAGAGAGAGAGAGAGAAAGAGUUGCUCAUCUACCACCGGAAAUUGGUGGAAGACCUGCUGGGUGUUGUAGAUAGACCCAAGUCAAGCACUAUAAUGAUGACCAGUGAUAGCUCUUUAGUCUCCCCAAAAGAGAGGAAAUUUCAUUUCGCUCUACUUACUACUCACCACUACUUCUACCGACCAUCUGCAGCAGCAGCGCCUAUCAUAAGGCCCCGGAAUGAAUGUAGUUAUGUAGGCGUGUCGGUUUUACCGGUGGAUGGAUGGAUGGACCGUCCCCUCCGCUCGCUGCUUAGAUUCUGAGGCGAGCAGAGCAGAGCAGAGCAGACGGGGCGGGGCGGGACGGCGAGAAGAGGGAGGCCCUUGUACCAGCAGCAUGCUCUCUGCAGCACAACAGACAGCGGAAGGGGGGCGGAGGGGGAGGCAAGAAAGAGCAUGGAGCAAACGCGUGUGUUGAGCACACAUCGUGUACAGUACUUUCGCCGAUCAUUCCGACCCCGAAGCACGCACAUUCUGCCACAAAACCAAAAGUGGCAGCAGCAGCCGCUGCCCUGCGCCUAGCCUCCUACGCGCUGCCCUUUGACGGACCGCAGACGGGCGAAAGCGGGGACGGGAGCCGCGAGACGCUGGUCCGGAACCGGAGGAACAGCCCGCCCGCCCAGUUAGCGCGCCGCCAUUGCGUCAAAGAGGAGUACGGAGCGCGCACCCAGCCGCGUGCGGCCCCACACGCUCAUUCAACGCGGGAACAACGUCAUCCCUUAUAAUCUGGCGGUAGCUGGAGGUUACCGACGGGUCUACGGCUUCCGGAGGGGCGACUUGUCUGACCCAGGCCCCGACGUGAAGAAAAACGGCUGGCCCGGGGCCUCGUCGUCGUCGUCGUCGUCGUCGGCCUGCUGCUGCUGCCCCUCGCCCCCGCCCGCCUCUUUUGAUUACGGUUGGGUUAGUGCCAACAUCAAGCCCCCCUUUCUUCCCCUGCGGAAUCCCAACAGAACACAACAGAGCUCUCCACAUCCCGACAGUUUCGUUGCUGUUGGGCGAGAAGCAGAAGAAGAAGAAGAAGAACGGAAUCAGAUCUUCAGCUCGAAUAUCUUUCCCCGUGCCCCUUAAACCCUAACCCUAGCACUCGGGGCCGGGCGGGCAGGCGGGCCGGGCAGGGCCUGGAAAGCGCCGACAAUGCCAUCGGUCCACGCGGCGGGCCAUGAUUCCGCGACGCAGAAGCUGCAUUGAUGCUUCGCCCCCCAUGACACUAUCUCUCUCUCCCCCCUCUCUGCCCCUCUCUCUCACUCUCUAUCUCUCUCCCUCUCUGACCGCCUCUGGUCGCCCCCCGUCGCGAGGUGUCGCGGUCAGACGCUCAUGAGCGCAUCACAUGGCCAUCGGCAUGGGGUGGCAACUUGCAUCACGAGCAAGGGAGGCUCGGAAUGUAUGGCCCCUGGCGGGACCGUGUGCAUGCGGAUUGAUUACCCGCGCGCCUCCCCUUCCCCCCCAUCCAUGCGAGGCCAUGCAGCGGCAUGCCAUGCAUAAGCUCGCGUGCGGCCGCGAGACAAAAGCGACGGUGGAUCCGAUCGACGCUUUUGGCAACAGUCAGUCCACUCCGCCCAGUCGUCUGCUGGCCCCUGGUCAAGCCCGGUCUCCCCUCCGCCGGAUGGAAUGUAGGCCAGCGGACGGGGGAUGGGAUGGGCAUGGGGAUGGGGAUGAGAUGAGAGGAGGCAGAACGAAACCGGUGGGCUGCUUGUCUCACUCGCAGCGCAGGCACCGCCGCCGGCCGGCCCGCCUGCCUGGAAAUUCUAUAAUAUGCAGUCGCCCCACCCCCUCAUCCACCGGGUCUUCGGGGCCUGGGCUUGGGCUUGCCGGGCCGGGCCUGCCGUGGCGGAGCGAAGACGGACUGCGCUGCGCGACGAGGCCUUGUCGGUGUGCCGAGCGAACGAUCGCAUUGGCACAGUGCUUCUCGAGAGGCUGGCUCGGUGGCUGGCUGGCUGGCUGGCCGGCGGUGGCAGCCGGGCCCUCCCCCGUCACCCCCGCCCCCCUCGCUCGUCUGCCUUUAGCCCCCUUUCCUCAUCAUACGGACAUGGCCAGAUCGUACGCCGGCGACUUUUCCGGGGCCCGCGCCUUGAAGAAGAGGAGGGCGAGGAAAGAAACAUCGCGCCCACUUUUAUUGCCGGGCUCUCGCAGACGCGAUGCUUUCUCGACAUGGCAUCGCCAUCACCAUCACCAUCAUGCUAUGCCAUGCCAUGCCCAACCCCUGCCCAACCACGGACGAAGUCAGGCGGGGCAAAGCAAGAGUAAACUCACGUACUCCUCCUCCUCGUCCUCCUUCUGUGCUGGCGAGCGAGAGGGAAGGGGGCGGGGCGAGGCGAGGCCGGCCGGGCUGAUGCCGUCCGGGUGGGCCGCCUUCGCCCUGCUACCUGCUCCCUGCUCCCUGCAAGCAGGCAGGCUCCGUGUCAGCGAGAGACGGGGAGGGCGAGAGGGGGAAAGAGGAGAAACGCUGCAGUUCCCCCGGAGGCCCCGAUGCGAUGGCCAUCGCUUUGGCGCCGACGUCCCGUCUCCGUCGCCAUCUCGAGCGAAUCUUUGCAGCCCCCACCCCCACCCCCCGGCUGGUGGGGUCGCCAGCAGCCCCGCUCCGGGGCCGCCAAAACCCUCCGGGAACCUUGGCGGCCCGGGCUACACUCCGGACGGCUGCCAUUGGCCGGGCGCCGUGCGCGAACCCACCGCGGCUGCUGCCGCUGCCGCGGCCUCGUGCCGCUGCCACGACAAACGGACGACGACAUCCAGAGGAGGAGUCGCGCCCCUGGAUGUGCCGUCGGUCCCUGUGCGUCCUGUCAGAGCGCACUGUCCACAUCCGCGAGGUGGGAAUCUGUGACCGCGCUCCGUGUCUUGUCUGUGUUCCCGGGCCCGGAUUCCCUUCCGCCCGCCCCGCGACACCGGGGGCGGGGGCUGGAGAAGGCGCCGAGGUGACAUGUGACCUUGAAUUCUGCCGGUCGCAUCGAGGCUCGCUCACCGUGCGAGCGAGAGACUGCGCCGCCCUUUUCCUCGGGUGGCAGCCUUCCCCGUCCCACCUGGCCCUUUUCUCGCCUCGACCGGCUGCUGUCAGUUCCUCCCCACAGACCGGACUGGCCCCGGACGGCGACCGCAGUCGACCCGGAGUUCGCUUGCCCAACCCGAUCCGCUUGUACCACCCAGCCCAGCCCAGCCCUGACCCGAACAGGUGCGGCGGCGAGGUGCGGGUUAGCAGUCGCCGUCCGUCCGUCCGUCGACUGUCGUCCUGGCGGGCAGUGCGGAUACAAUCAAAACGCGCGGCAUCCCGACAGCCGUUUUGCGUGCUUGGCGCGGCUACCGCUGUGGUGCACCCCUCGUGUGCGCGGCCCUGUCGGGUUGGUAGAUGCGCGCGCACGGGGAUUUAUGACGUCCCCCCUCCGCCCUCGCCUGCCCCUGCCCGCAGUCCAGGCCUUCUUGCGGACUCCCUCGCUCCCUCCCUCCACCGACGCGACCGGGCGAGUGGACGAUCCUGCGGAUCGGAUCAAGACCCGGCGUUUCUUCUCCCACGACCCCCGCCCUCCCUCCCUCCCUCGCACCCAGACAGUCAAUGAAUGGCCCGCUCGCUCGUCCAUUCAUUCGCCUCCGCUCGCCUCUGCCUCUCUCUCCUCGGUCUACCUCGUCGCUCCUUGCCCCCGUAGCGGUGACUCGAGAAAGCGCGUUCGUCCUCGGCCCCCAUCUCUCCACCAUUAUGAAGGCCCUGUUUUCUCUGUUUUUAAUUCCGCUUCUUUUGCGUCUCUUAUCUCCUCUUCCCUCGUCGCCAGUCUGAUGUUUCUGGGUUCUCUGGGUUCUCUUCUAGCUGCCAUUUGCAGCAUGAGGUGAGCGGCACUCUUUGAACGCCAUGCCUACUCCGUCACGGUGCCCAUGUUCCAUAUUCGCUGAGCAGGUAGCCCUUCGCUGCCUCGCCAUCUCCUCGACGACUUUUCCCAGGGUUACGACCCGCUCUUGUCUACUACACAAACGAUAGGAACAGGGGAUCCAGCCGAAAUCUAUUCCGCAGGAUAUGAUUUGAGUAGACAGCAAAGCAGCCGAGAUAUAUUUAUUUCCAAGCGAAUGAUUUUGUUUGGAAGGAAGCUGCUUCUUGAAACUUGCGUUGAAGAUUAUCAUGACGUCUGGUUCCGAUUUGCCAUCAGAACUCAGCUUGUUCCGACUCCAGUCCGUGAAAGCAAACCACCGCUUUUCUAGAAUCCUCUCUCGACGGUCCUCACUCCCCUGAUCUGAUGUUCAGUCCGUCAUCGAGAACGGGUAUGUUGGACCAAUAAUCGACACUCCGGGUUGAACUAUGAAUGAGCACUACUGCUUGACACGAACAUGUGAGCAGCGUGGGUCUGCUUCGGCCUCCGAAUUCGACAAGUUGCACACACGUGGCGGUUACUGCCCUUCGCAAUGUAGCAGAGAGUCAAGGGAGCAACACUUGCCCUCUGCCCACUCCACACCCGCAGUCACCGUUCACUUCCAGGACAAAUCAUGAAUCCUGAGAACUCGGCCCAUGUUGCAUACCUUCCCAAGCCUCCUUCGCCGCUUGUGCACCUCUCGAUCCCUGUCAAUGACACUAAUUGUAGUGAGGUGAACACAACGUAAACCGACAAGUUUACAAAGCUUACGAAGUGUUUCGGUCUGGAAGAUGACUCAGAUUAUUCAUUAUUGCUUGGCAUUGAGUCCUCAUCUGUUUUGUUUUAUAUAAUGGGUAGAAAAUCAGUAAGGAAAUGGGAAGUAUUAGUUUUCUUGGCUUGAAUAGUUUUCGUCAUUUUUUCAGUCGUUCGCUCUGUAGAGUACACAAUUUUUUUUCUGCCAAUGAUUAAUAGUGAAG